AUGUCAGGAAGACGGGAAAUAAGAACUGAGAAAUACGUGAAUGAAGAGUGCCGUGUGCGAGAGAAUUUGCCCUCAAACUUCUACGAUAUCUAUGUUAUGACUGUCGAAACGCGCGACGACGAGUGGGACGAGGUCGAAAGGCCGAACUGGCGAGGGCUUGGUCUGACUGACCCGAUCAAGAAUGUGGAAGACAAAUGGCUGCUGCUGCCUGCCUUCUUGAAGGUGAAGGGCCUGGUGAAGCAACAUAUCGACUCGUUUAACUACUUCGUGGACGUCGAUAUCAAGAACAUCGUCAAGGCCAAUAACAAAGUUACCUCGGACGUCGACCCUCGGUUCUGGCUCAAAUACACUGACAUAAAUGUGGGCUUCCCCGAGAGGCCAGACAAGGACGCGAUCGACAAGCGGAUAACGCCGCACGAGUGCCGACUGCGAGACAUCACAUACAGUGCGCCGGUCAUUGUCACAAUUCAGUAUACGAGAGGUCGAACGAUCGUGCAAAGAAAUGUAAACGUCGGGCGGCUGCCGAUCAUGUUGCGCAGCAGCAAGUGUGUGCUAACGGGACGCAGCGAAGCCCAGCUGGCGCGGAUGACGGAGUGCCCUCUGGAUCCAGGAGGGUACUUUGUAGUCAAGGGGACAGAGAAAGUGAUACUUGUACAGGAACAACUGAGCAAGAAUCGAAUUAUUGUCGAAACUGAUCCUGUGAAAGGCGUUGUUCAGGCAUCGUGUACCUCGUCGACUCACGGCGGCCUGAAAUCCAAGACGUACGUCGCGACGAAAAAGGGCAAAAUAUAUUUGCGGCACAAUUCGAUUCACGAGGAUGUCCCCAUUGUUAUUGCGCUCAAAGCUUUGGGGAUCCAAUCUGACAAGGAGAUCUUGCUGCUGACAGCCGGCAACACCGAAUCUUACAAGAUGGCGUUCGCGACAAACCUUGAGGACGCCGCAAAGCUGGGCAUAUUUACCCGCCAUCAGGCUUUGGAAUAUAUAGGUACACGGGUGAAGGUGAAUCGUCGAGUUGUGGGUCCUCGGCGUCCUGCAUGGGAAGAAGCACUGGAAGCGCUUGCCACCAUUGUUCUUGCCCAUGUCCCCGUCAAAGGCCUCGAUUUCAGGUCCAAGGCGAUAUUCGUGGCCACUAUGACCCGUCGAGUCCUCAUGGCCAUGGAUGACGAGAAAAUGGUGGACGAUCGAGAUUAUGUUGGCAACAAGCGCUUAGAGUUAGCCGGACAGCUUCUCGCGCUUCUUUUUGAAGAUCUCUUCAAAACUUAUAACACCAAUCUAAAGUCGGCCAUCGACAAAGUCCUGAAGAAGCCAUCACGGACCAAUGAAUUUGACGCUUUUAAUACCAUGCAAUUCCAAGGUGACCACCUGACGUCGGGGUUCGUUCGGGCUAUUUCGACUGGGAACUGGUCUCUCAAGCGGUUCAAGAUGGAACGCGCAGGCGUGACGCAUGUCCUGAGCCGCCUUAGUUUCAUUUCCGCUCUCGGGAUGAUGACUCGGAUCUCCUCGCAAUUUGAAAAGACCAGAAAAGUCAGUGGACCGCGUGCUUUGCAACCUAGUCAGUGGGGAAUGCUGUGUCCCAGCGACACGCCCGAAGGGGAGGCAUGUGGGCUAGUAAAAAACCUGGCGCUCAUGACACAUAUCACCACCGAUGUGGAAGAAGAGCCUAUUAUUCGGCUGGCAUUCAUGCUGGGCGUCGAAGAUAUCAGCCUGGCAACAGGGACGGAGAUAUACGGCCCUCAUACAUUCGUGGUUAACGUUAAUGGUACUAUAAUUGGGAUCACGCGCUACCCCUCCCGUUUCGUUACUAACUUUCGGAAGCUGCGGCGAGCAAGACGGCUGAGCGAGUUUAUCAGCGUCUACAUCAACCACCACCACAAGGCAGUACAUAUUGCUAGUGAUGGUGGACGGAUUUGUCGUCCAAUGAUCAUAGUCGAAGAUAGCAAACCAAGAGUCCGAUCCGAGCAUAUCACGCUUCUGAAACAAGGCACACUGACAUUCGAUGAUUUCCUGAGACAAGGCCUCGUCGAGUAUCUAGAUGUGAAUGAAGAAAACGAUACAUAUAUUGCACUUUACGAAUCCGACAUACAUCCCACGACCACACAUCUGGAAAUCGAGCCUUUUACAUUACUUGGCGCCGUCGCAGGUCUAAUUCCAUAUCCCCACCAUAACCAAUCUCCCCGAAAUACAUAUCAAUGUGCCAUGGGAAAGCAAGCCAUCGGGGCCAUCGCCUAUAAUCAAUUUAAUCGCAUCGAUACCCUUCUAUAUCUGUCAGUAUAUCCACAGCAGCCGAUGGUCAAGACUAAGACCAUCGAGCUAGUGGGGUACGAUCGCCUCCCCGCUGGCCAGAACGCGACCGUGGCUGUAAUGAGUUAUUCGGGAUAUGAUAUCGAGGAUGCCCUGAUCUUGAACAAAGCUAGUCUGGAUCGUGGUUACGGUAGAUGCCAGGUCCUGCGCAAAAACGCGACGCUUAUACGAAAGUAUCCAAAUGGGACAUUUGAUCGGCUCGCUGAUGCUCCAUUGGAUGAGAAUGGCCAAACGCAGAAAAAGUACGACAUAAUUCAACUCGAUGGUCUCGCGGGCGUUGGCGAGCGGGUGGAUCCUGGCGAUGUUUAUGUCAACAAGCAAAGCCCUACUAACGCCAACGAUAACUCAUUCACUGGCCAGGCUGCGGCUGUCCCUUACAAGAACACGCCAAUGUCGUAUAAAUCCCCCGUCGCUGGCCAAAUCGACAAGGUGAUGAUAACUGACACGGAGAGCGAUCAAACCCUUAUCAAAGUGUUGAUCCGGCAAACCCGGAGGCCCGAGCUGGGCGACAAGUUCUCAAGUCGACAUGGACAAAAGGGUGUCUGUGGGUUGAUCGUAAACCAAGAGGACAUGCCCUUCAACGACCAAGGCAUAAAUCCUGAUACCAUCAUGAAUCCGCAUGGUUUCCCAUCCCGAAUGACAGUGGGUAAGAUGAUUGAGCUUUUAGCUGGCAAGGCAGGAGUAUUAUGCGGUAAACUGCAGUAUGGAACCGCUUUUGGGGGAUCAAAAGUCGAAGAUAUGAGCCGAAUACUCAUCGAGAACGGUUUCAGCUACGCCGGCAAAGACAUGCUCACUAGUGGCAUUACUGGUGAACCCCUCGAGGCGUAUGUAUAUUUCGGCCCCAUUUACUACCAGAAACUCAAACAUAUGGUUAUGGAUAAAAUGCAUGCCCGCGCCAGGGGCCCACGUGCCACUCUAACCAGACAACCGACGGAAGGUCGGUCCCGCGAAGGUGGGCUUCGACUUGGCGAGAUGGAGCGCGAUUGCUUGAUAGGUUAUGGCGCAACCCAACUCCUCCUGGAGCGUCUCAUGAUCUCUUCGGACAAGUUCGAAGUCAAUGCUUGUCAGGAGUGCGGGCUUAUGGGAUACAACGGCUGGUGCACGUAUUGCAAGAGCUCGAAGAAAAUGGCUCAGCUGACUAUCCCAUAUGCUGCAAAGCUGCUUUUCCAAGAGCUGAUGGCCAUGAACGUGGUGCCUCGCUUAAUCCUGGAAGACUGUUCCUAG